CAAAACCUAAUGCCUCUUCCACUCUCUCUCUCUCUCUCUCUCUUUGUUUUUGCUGAAACAGACGGAGCCAGUGCUCGACUUCCUCCCAACUCGCCGGAGGGACGGAGUCUCCAAGUGAAGAAGUCAAGAGGUUCUUCUCAUCUUCCUUCUCCUCCGCUCUUUCUCAUCGCGGUCCGAGCUUUUAAGUGGGGAGUGAAGGAGAAUGGAUGGGGGCGGCGGCCUGAAGAGCUUAAUAGCUGCUGCGGUGACGAGGGGGGUGACGGAGGCGAGAGCGAGGAUCUUCGGGCAUAGUGUGAAUCCCACGGCGCAGCGAUCCCCGCACAAGCUUCUCAGCAAGAAGCUCAUCGGCGAGAAAGUCGCUCAGUGGUACCCCUAUGACAUCAAGAAGGAUGACCCUCUCGUCAUGGCCCGUCAAGAACAAGAGCGCUUAUCAAAGCUUGAAAUGUUGAAGCGUCGUGGGAAGGGACCACCCAAGAAGGGCCAAGGAAAACGGGCUAAGAAGCGCAACAAAUGAAAGUGGGAUACUCACUUUAUCACAUUUGACUCAUUGUAUCAGUUAGAAUUUUAUUAUUGGCGGUUGAUAUUCUUUUUAUCUAGCUCCCUUUUUCCUUCCCCUUUUAUUAUAAAUAUGUUCUGGGCGAAAUGAAUGGGACAUGUCAUUGAAUAGCAUUUGAGCCAU